AUGGCUUCUUCUUCUUCUUCUCGGCCUCGCACGUGGAGAUACCGCGUCUUCACGAGCUUCCACGGACCUGACGUUCGUAAAUCCUUUCUCAGUCAUUUACGCAAACAGUUUAGCUGCAAUGGGAUUUCGAUGUUCGAUGAUCAAAGGAUCGAGAGAAGCCAAACGAUCGCUCCUGCUCUCACUCAAGCGAUUAGGCAAUCGAGGAUCUCGAUCGUGGUGCUCUCGAAGAGGUAUGCUUCUUCAGGAUGGUGUUUGGAUGAAUUGGUGGAGAUUUUCAAGUGCAAGGAAGAAAUUGGGCAAAUUGUGAUGACGAUCUUCUACGAGUAG